AUGGCCCACCGCCCUUCAGCUGCUGCUGCUGCUUCAGCGUCGCUCACUUCUCCCUCUGCGCUUCCGCAUUUUACCACUCUAGUCAGCCCGGGCCAGGGAGGCAGCCUCGGGCGAGGCUCGGCACAGAUCCGGAAGCUGAGCAGCAGCUUCGGCGGUAGUGCGCGCUUUGCUGCGGGUGCUCCUGGUGCUUCUGCGGCAGGUGCGGGGAACCUGAAUGGAAUAGGGCUGGGCUGGCCGGGUCUAGCCGGCCUGCCUCAGUUUGCUUCUCUCUCCGGUGCGUCCCGGCUGGGUCUUAUCCGGUCCAUGUCAGCCGUACAGAGCUAUGCAGCGGCCUCCUCCCUCUCUGUUCUCUGCCAACCCACCAUGCUCUCUGGAAUAGGCUAUGACCACCAGCCUAGUGUGCUGGCCGGUAUGGGUGGUAUGGGGUAUGAUCAGUCCAGUGUGCUGUCUGGAUUCGGGCCUAGUAGCUUGAGCCACGAAACCAUCUUGGAAGCUCCGCACAUGUCGACGCAAAUGUCGCCGCGUGGUUCACCUGGGAUGUCACCUGGCAUGUCACCUGGGGUGUCACCUGGCGUUUCACCUGGCGUGCUGUCUGGAAUGCUGUUUGCGAUCGGGUCUGAGCCGAUACCAGAAGUGUAUAAGGUGUCACCUGGGCGUGGGAAUGUUCCUAGAAAGCUCCCUGGCGGAGGUAGUGGUAGGUACGACCUUCGGGGGAGCGGGAGGAGCAGCAGUGGCAGCCCAAGUCUUGCUGGUGGUAGCAGAAAGUACGACCUGCAGGGAGGAGGGGGGAGCAGGAGUGGGAGUCUCCCUGGUGGUGGUAGUAACAAAGGCACGGCCCGCACCAGCUCCAACGCCCCUGAUGCACCCGAAAGCAUGGCUCGCACCACCUCUGCUUCUCUCGAUGCGUCCAACAAAGGGAUGCCCAAUGUUGGCCUGAUUGCCAGGAGCAUGCCUCGCACAAGCUCAGCCCCUCUAGACGCCCCUCGUGUGGUUCCCAUGCCCAGAAGGUCGCUCCAGCACCAUUCAGCCAGGUACUCUGUGGCUGGGGCGAAUGGGACGAGUGGAAUGGUUGCUCUUGACGUGCCUCAGAAACACCAUUCUGCCAGGUACGCUGCUAGUGAGGUGACUGGUGGGGCGUCUGCCCUUGACGAGCCUCAGAAAUACCCUUCUGCCAGGUACACUGCUAGUGAGGCAUCUGUGCUUGAGGCGCCUCACAAACACCACUCUGCUAGAUACAGUGGUAGUGGGGCGAGUGGGGUGGAUGGGACAAGUGGGGCGUCUGUUUUUCUUGAGGCGCCUCACAACCACCACUCUGCCAGGUACACCACUCUGCCACUCUGUUUUUCUGGCCUUGAGGCAGAACCAGUUGUACGAACGAGUAUGCAGCCAGGCAUGCAGUCAAGAGAAGUGAAGGAAGGAGGUGGAGAAGCAGAGGGCGCAUUAGCAGCUGGGGGAGUGGUGAAAGCAGAGGGUACAGGAGGAGCUGCUUGUGCUGCUCACAUUGCUGCUGGCACUGCCGCUGGCAUUGCUGCUAGCGUGGAAGCAGGCCAGUCAAGAGUGCCCGCUGCGUCAGAGACAACCCAGCAGGAUGGGCACGGCACGGGAGGGAAAAUUCCUAGGACAGGAUCAGCGUUGGAGUUUGGGCUUCUGAGGGGGCUCGUGGGCCCGUCCACCCCCACCACCCCUCCCACAGCAGCUCGGCCAAGCUUUGACGCUGACGCCCCUGCCUGGCGAGCGCGGCCCAGCUUUGAAGUGCCGCAGAGCAAGGCGAGGCGAGGCAUGACAGGGGCCCACACCCCUGGGAGAGACACCACUGGUAGACCCACAGCAGCAGGAGCAGCAGCAGGAGGAGCCGCAGCAGCAGCAGGGGGAGCAGCAGGAGGAGCAGGAGGAGGAGGAGCGGCAGGGGGAGGGGCGAUGCCGACAGGCCAGCCGCUGGCAGGGCUGCAUAUCCUGGUGGUGGAGGACACAGCAGUGCUGCAGAAGCUGGCAGCGUCCAUGCUUAGGAAAAUGGGAGCCCAUGUGGCUGUGGCUUCGGAUGGGCAGCAGGCUGUUGCUGCCGUGCUGAGCUCGUGGGGGGAUGACGAUGAGACUUCUGGUGCUGCUGCUGCUGCUGUUGCGGCUGGUGGUGGUUCUGGUGGUGCUGGUGGUGCGGGUGAUGCUGGUGGUGGCGGUGGUAGUGGUGCUGGCAGUGCGGGAAACGCAGGCAAAGCAAGCAGCCCCCGCACCCCUACCAGCACUGUCCGGUCUCUCUUUUCCUCUGCUGCCACUGCCCUUCAAUCUGCCACUGCCUCUCCCUCUGUCGCUGUUGUUCAUUCUGCCUCACUCUCGCCCUCCGCAGGUCCUUUUCGCUGGAAGCCUCGCCGGGGCAGCAGUGGCUCUGUCUCCUUUCUCCUCUCUGCCCUCCCCUCCGCCUCCCCCCUCUCUUCCAGCCCUCUGGCCUCAUCUCUCUCGUCAAGCCCUCCCGUGGGAACAGCAUUGAGAGGGGGAGGAGGGGGAGCAGCUGCAGCGGCAGCAGCUGAAGAAGCUGAAGCAGGAGGCGGGGGAGGAGGUGGUUUUGGGGAAGGGUGUGAGGCAGCAGGUGUGCAGCAGGGUUGGAGCUCUGAGGCCAUUGAGUCACAGCUCGCAGAGAGGGGAGAGGAGAGACCCAGGUCGUCCUUUUCCAACCCGUUUGACCCAGCAGGGACAGCUGUAGCAGCAUCGGCUGUAGCAGCGUCAGUUGUAGCAGCGUCAUCUGCAGCAGCGAAUUGUGGCAGUGAUGUGGUCGCUACAGCUGGGGUGGAUGGGUGCAAGGGCAGUGGGAUGGGUGGAGUAGGGGAUGCAGCAGCAGCAGCAGCAGCGGAUCCCUUCGACAUUGUGCUCAUGGACUGCCAGAUGCCAGUGAUGGAUGGGUACACGGCCACGAGGACCAUUCGUGCCGCAGAGAGGGGCACGGGGCGCCACACUGUCAUCUGUGCACUCACUGCUCAUGCACUCGCCAGGUGA